AUGAAAUAGUCUAAACAGCCUUAAAAUUAAGCUCAUGAUGAUUAAUUCUCCGGAUCCAAUACUCCAAAUGUUCAUGGCUUAUUUUUACCGUAAACCAUGACAAUGGGUUAAAUGUCCGAAGACAGAAAGGGAGAAGAUCAAAGAUUAAAAUUAAUAAGAGCUUCGACUGAUCCGUAUGAGGCAUUCAAAGAUGAUGACUUUUUGUAUCCAACUAAAGAAGAUGAGAUGUCUCUGUGGCAAAAAUAUUCAGGAGAUUAUAUUUAAGGAAUGCCUGUAUUGCCAACAGGAAAAUGCAGUUUAUUUUGUAACAUAGUUUGCUGUUUUUACUUCCUUAUCUUUGGUUUAGUUUUUGUAGGAAUAGCAGGCAGUAUAACCGAAAUUAGAUUGAAUUAUGGAAAGGAAUGUGAAGGCAAGUAGCAAUGUAUUGUUAAUUUUGAAAUUGAGAAAAACACUUAUGGACCAUUCUUUAUAUACUAUGAAUUAAAUGAGUUUUACACAAGUCACUCUGAUUUUGCGUAAUCAAUUAGUCCAAAAUAAAUGAAGGGUUAAGAAUUGACAGAUGAAGAAUAUGAUGUAUAUUGUCCUGACACUUAAUCUUUCGAAUCUCUCUAGAGACCUGUUGGGUUCAAUAAAAGUUAUGCUGGUUUUAUGGUAGACUUGAAUAAGAAAGUCAGUCCUUGUGGUAUAGCAGCUAAAUAUAUUUUUAAUGAUUCUUUCCUACUCUUCGAUGCUAACACUGAAACUGCCACAUCUUUAGCUCUUAAUUCAACAGGGAUUGCGUUUUCUGUUGAUUUAGAUUAUAAGUAUUCUAGAUCUUAGAAUUCUUAAUUUAGAUAAUGGUUGGAUCUAGAUGAUGAAAAAAUCAUAAAUUGGUUUAAUAUUCAAUCCUUACCGCUGGUUAGAAAGCUCUAUGCUAGAUAUGAUAAUGAUUUAGCAAAGGGAACCUACAGUAUUGUAAUUUAAAAUAAUUAUCCAACCCAGAUAUUUGGGGGAGAGAAGUUUAUUAUCGUUACUACGCUGUCUUCAUUUGGUAGUAAGAAUUUUUCUUUUGGCUAUUUGCUAAUUGCAACAGCUGGUGUCUAGUUUAUAAGUGCUAUAGUUGUGUAUAUCAAACACAGAAUUGUAGAGAAGAAAGAAAAACAUGAACAAAAAAUCCAUGCUGAUUUGAAACUCAAAGAAAAAUCAGAUUGA